AAUCGAAGCAUCUUCGUACGAACCCCACCGCCAGCAGAUUUUCGCUUCGAAAGGCUUUCUCUAGAACCUCAAAGCCGCUCCUCCACCGGCAACAGUCGCCGGAAAAGGUAAGAUUCCAACCACUGUUCGAACCAGCCCCGGACAGAAAUGGCGUUUUCGAGUUCCUGGAUUCUGUCUCUGAAAUUUGUGCUGAUCUCGGCCGGAGUCGUGUCCAUCGCUAUGAUGUUGAAGUUCUCUGUUCCAUUGAUUGUAGGCUUUGCAGUAAACGAUCUCCCUGUGAUUUGGUCCGCUUUGGUUUCGUGGCUGAGGCCUCCGUAUCUGUACUUCAUCGUCAAUGGCAUCAUCAUCACCAUCGCCGCUUUGUCUCGCUUCCUCCACAGCAAGAAUGAAUCGGAGCAAUCGGAUUCAUCGCCAGAUGAGCGCACGGAUGUCGCUGUCCCGGUCUCGGCUCAGCCUGAUUUCAGUGAGGUGGAGUCGCCAGCUGUAUACGAGAGCGAGGCUGGGGUUUCGGAGGUGAAGAAUGUAGUGGUCAACGGUCUAGAGGCCGAGGUUGAGGAAGAUGAGUUCGUAAUCUCGAGGUCCACGUGGACGCCGCCGAAAAGGAUAAGAUCACCAGAAGUUGAGACGGAGACUCUGUUUCCGAUGCUGGAGAAACCCCUGGCUUCUGUUAGUGUUGCUCACCGGAAACCAAUAAAAGCGGGUCCCGACGGUUGCCGAGCAUUGAGGGUGGCAAAGCCGAAGCGGCACGAGUCAAUGGAGAACACGUGGAAGAUGAUAAUGGAGAGCCAGAACUCGCCGGCGACGGCGCGGCCCCUGAAGAAGGCUGACCAGUGGGAGAAUCUGGGCCGUGAGUUGAUCCCGGCUCCGCAGAAUUACCAGUCCCCGCAGAGGGUGAAGAAAUCCGCGACGUUCAGGGACAGGACGAACUACGAGCAGCCGUCUCCGGCGAGUUCGUCUCCCGGGUCAGGAAAGAUGAGGAAGGAGCCGUCGCUGAGUCAGGACGAGCUGAACCGGCGAGUGGAGGCGUUCAUAAGGAAGUUUAACGAGGAGAUGAGGUUGCAGAGGCAGGAGUCGCUGAAUCAGUACGUGGAGAUGAUCAAUCGCGGGGCCCAUUAAGUCAAAGCAGGUUUGAAGGAUGAAGAGAAAUCUAAAAACCCAUCUUGUGAUAUUUUUCUUCUUUCUUUGUUUUCCUUUUGGUUUAUAAAGAUAGAUGAUUAGGGUUUGAAUAUCAAAUUGGUUUGAUUUUGUUUCAUAGAUGAUUGAUUAUAUUGGGGAAGAUUAAUAUAGAUUAUACUAUGAAGCUUGUAAAGGAAAGAUAUAUCAUAGUUUGUGCUGCUUUUAUAGUGGAUCAAUGGCUGCUAUUG